AUGACAAAUAAUUUGGAAAAGAAUAAAAGUUUAGCAGUUGAUGAGAAAAAUAUAGCACAGUCAAAUAAUGAUAUUGAACCAUCACAUAGCCAAAUGGAUGUCUCUGAUGUUGGUUUGGAACAGGAUUUGAUAAACAGAUUAGUUAGUGAAUAUAAGGGUAGAGAGGAAUUAUGUGAUAGAUUGUUUGAAAAAAAGAAGGUUGUAAGUCUAAAGGAUGAUGUGGAUAAGGAAGAAUUUUGCUUCUAUUUGCAUGAUUGUGACCUUUUUGCAGGAGUUGAAAUUAAUAACAAAAAGUCAAAGAUGAGUAGUUUUGGAACAAGAGUGCAAGGUGGGCAUCAGUUUUUGUAG